AUAUGCCGCCAUUUAAAAUAAAUGCUUGCUAUAAACAACAACAGUUGAUCGCAGACGUUUAAACGUAGAUGACGAGUAGUAGUGCGAGAGUGGAUAUUGUGUUUGCCUUUUUUUAUCAUAACAAAAUUAUUAUUUGCUCAACACAUUACUUGGAACUACAUAAUUGAUUUAAAUUAGUAGUUUAAACCAUUAAAAAACAUUAAAGGUGAAAUAUAAAUAUUGUUGCGAUAAGAAAGCGCGGGGGCUCGUCAAGCAAAUAAAUUUGAUAUCAACAUGGAUAGCGUACGUACAUUUUUCGCCUCUUUCAGCAAAGAUGCCGGGCAUUCAAAUAAUCAACAAAAUCGUUUAGGAGCUUUUUCGGGAAUAAACACAAUUGGCAAUGGUAGCAUUGCCAAUGGGUCUAAUGAACAUCCUGAUACUAAAAUAACAAAUCAAAAUGAGGUUAAGCAAAAGGACAUGGAUAGUUACUUCUAUAUAAUGUGGCGUUCAUAAAUUUGACUUUGGUGUUGUAAAUUUUACCUUACUUACAUGGACGAAAAUAU